UUAAAAUUGAAAAAUUUUUUUUUAUUAAUCUUCUUAAAUAAUUAAUUAUGAUUAGACUAAAAGAAUAGAAUUUUUUAGCCAACAACAAAACAUACUGGCAUAAAAAAGCAUAUUGAAUUCACUUGAUUCAAAGUUGUGAAUAGUAAAUAAAUUACAAAUAUUCAAAUUUCAAAAUGAGUGGCAACAGCAGUAACAUAAACAUAUUUACCAGGCUCAAAAACGCCAUGAGCCAAUUAACUUCCUCCACCACUAACACAAGCAUCUUCAACAGCAAACAACAGCAAAGCAGCAACAACAAUCCUAGCAGCAGUUCAUCACCUCAGAACUCCCCACAACACCAACAAUCAUCUCUACCCUAUGAUAUUAGUAUCCAAUCAGCAGAAAGAUGGGCCUAUGAGUUCCCCUAUGUACGACCUCAUUUUUUGAAUUUAAAUGCGGAAGAAGUUUCAGCAGCCAACAACACUAUGGUUCGUCCUGUCAUCGUGCCGAAAAGAAUAAACAAAAUGCCCAUGUGCGCUGGAUAUGCAGAAUGCAUGAACGCUCAUAAAACAAUUUACAACGAGGACCAAGCUACUGCUCUUAUAAUGGACUUGAAUACAGGCAAUAAAAUAAUCGAUCCCACCGACAAACAAAAGUCCCAAACCGAUCUCGAGAUGUUCACCUACUUCGCCAUCUUUGACGGCCAUGACGGGGCCGCGGCCGCCAUUUUAGCUUCCAAGUAUCUACAUUUCAUAAUCAGGGAUAAUUUAGCCUGCAUAUUGCCUGAUCUGAAAGCAUCUUUCAAUAGCGUCAUCAGUGUUGACUGCAAUUUAAACGACAGUAUGAACAAGAAUGAUACAGACACCUAUCUAUUGAAAUCUUUUAUUGAAACUUAUAACAAUAACAUCUAUGACAGUAACAACGAUAACAAUAACAACAACAAUAACAACAACAACAAUAGCGACAACAACAAUAACAAUAACAAUAAUAGCCUUGUUGAGCACAACAUCUAUGGUGACAGCAGUAUUAGCAAUGCCAUCAAAAGCUGCAGAAGUAACGGUGACAUCAAUAACACAAACAACAUUUCAGACAAAAACAAUACAAACAACAACAACUCACACAACACAAACAACAUCAAUAGUAGUAAAGUUAUCCCAAAUGAAUUACCUGCUUAUCGUUGGUCGAUGAUGUCACGUGAACAAAAGACACCAACUUUCGUUGAUAUGGUUGUUGGUGCCAUCGAAGUAUCAUUCAUGGAGAUGGAUGAAAAGUUGAAGGUGUUACUGAAGGAGGGCCGCAGUGGUUGCGCGGUCAUCGCGGCCAUCCUGUUCGGUGGUCACCUCUUUGUGGCCAACGCCGGCGAUUGUAGGGCAGUUCUUAAGUCACGUGACCGAGUCAUAUCAGCUUCGAUGGACUUCACUCCGGAAAUGGACCAGCGUAGAAUUCGCAUGAAAGCCCACACUUGCCCUCAUCUACUCGGGGACAUAUGGACUCCCAUGGAGUACAUAGAACAUCCACACAGAGGCCUUAUUGGCACAUCCCUAUUUUACAGGGACCCAUGGAUGAGUGGAUGGUACAAAAGAGUGAUACAGCCUACAGAUAUUAAGCCACCUAUUUUAUAUGGCAAGAAAAGAAGGUCGCGACUACUGCAGACAAUUGGAUUGAGUCGCGGGUUCGGCGAUCAUUCGUUGAAGGUUUACAACACUGACGUCUGCGUUAAGCCUUUCCUGUCCUGCGUUCCCGAGGUACGUUCGUGUUUGUUGUCCGACCUGAAAGCCAUGGACUUUUUAAUUCUUGCCUCCGAUGGAUUGUGGGAUGUUGUGACUGAAGAAGAGGCGGUUCAGUGCGUCAACCAUUCUCUCGCUAAUGCUGGGUCCAAUAAUCCCAAAAGAUACACGAUAGCAGCUCAAGACCUGGCAAUGGAGGCACGAGGUACAGACAUCAAAAACUGGAACACGAUUGACGAUAUUUCCGUUUUCAUCAUUCCACUCGAUCAGCCAAUCAACCGACUCUCAGAGCAGAUUUGCACCACCCUUAAUUCAUCCAGCGAAUCAGAAGCCAUCGAAAUAAAUAGCUCAACCAAUCAAAAUGAGUACUCAAAAUAAUUGACAAGUUUUAAAAAAAAUUAACUAGUUAACUGCUCACUCUAGUCAUAUAUUUCUAUAUAUGCUGUCAUAUAUGUAUACAAAUUUAUAUAUAAACAUAUGUUUAUAUAUAGACACACAUACAAAUUUCUAUUUUUGUAUCAGUUUUACAAAUGUUAAACAUUUUGUUAAAAUGAUUUAUGUUAAAUACUAUAUAUAGGAUAAAAAUUUUUCGCUGAAAUCGUUUAUGUAUAAUUAGAUAUACCUACCUACCUUACUACAUUUAGAAGUGCAUGAACUAUACAUCUAAAAUUGACUGACUUGUUAGCGUAUUUGAUUUUUACAUACAUGUAUAUAUUUAUAUACAGCCUUGUAUGAAUUCCACCGAAUUGUUGGCAUUAAUCAAUUUAAAGUUUGUCUUUUCAAUUUUUCUUACUAGAAUAUUCUUUAAAUUGAUUAAUGCCAACUAUUCUAUGGCAAAACAUGGUACACUUCCAAACAUAUAUUUAUAUGUAUAGAUGUGUAUGAUAUGCACAUACCAUUGUUUAAUGUACAUAAGCACUUGAUAUUUAGUGAUUUUAUAUACAAACGCAUCUUUAAUAUGUAGUACGUACACUAGACUGUCCUUAAUAGAGAUAGUUGUAUUAAGCAUACUUGCUUAUUAAAAUAUGACAAUCAUUAUUUUUUUAAAUAGUUUUGUUAAAUUUCUAUCAGGCUGAAAUAAAACACACACAGCUGACAAAUUGAAAAAAUAAAAAACAUAUUGA